UCUCGAACGAGCCUAGCGUUACAUAUAUUUAUCUCGCGAGAGAAAACACUUCCCUGGACAACGUCUACGUGCCUUCACAGGGAGGCGCUUGUUUACUGUAAAAUAAAUAUGCUGUAAGUAUAUUGACAAUAUUGAAAUGUUGAGGAUUACUCACGUGUACCUUUGAAUGUUGUCAAAGAGCGGCAACUUAGCUGCAGUCGUGGAAGCUUUUCAUCGACGCUCCCUCGCCACGCAGCGGUAGCAGCUUGACGGACUGUAAAAGACUGCUUUACCUGCUGAUCAUCCAGCCGGUCGGUCGCUCUGAUAUGGCAGAGAGUGGGUCGUCGCUUGACUUUUCCGGCUCUCUGACGAGCUCGACCCUUCCGCCGCCGAGGACCCGCAUCUUCAAGAUCAUCGUGAUCGGGGACUCGGGCGUCGGAAAGACCUGCCUCACCUACCGCUUCUGUGCGGGGAAGUUCCCCGAGAAGACCGAGGCCACGAUCGGGGUGGACUUCAGGGAGAGGCUGGUCGAGUUUGACUGUGAGAAGAUCAAGAUCCAGCUGUGGGACACUGCAGGUCAGGAACGCUUCAGGAAGUCCAUGGUGCAGCACUAUUACCGCAAUGUGCAUGCUGUUGUCUUUGUCUAUGAUGUGACCAACGCUGCCAGCUUCCGCAGCCUCCCAGCAUGGAUUGAGGAGUGCAAGCAGCACGCGCUGGGCAGCGAGGUCCCCAGAAUCCUAGUUGGAAACAAGUGCGACCUUCAAGACUCCAUUCAAGUGGGGACAGACGUGGCGCAACAGUUCGCCGACGCCCAUUCCAUGCCCCUCUUUGAGACAUCUGCAAAGAAUCCAAACAGCCAGGGAGACGGACACUAUGGUGGAGGAAACAGUGACCACGUUGAGGCUAUUUUCAUGACGGUGGCCCACAAGCUGAAGUCUCAAAAGCCUCUGGUUUUGAGCCAGCUACCCGGGGGAUCAGUGGGUACCAUCAACCUGAGCGGUGGGAGGGAUGCUGGGGGAGAUGGGACCAGGAACUGGGGGUGCAGCAGCUGCUGAGCGAGUAAAAUGGAAGGAAAGAGGGUGACAACUUCAUCCCGAGGCUGCACGAGCCUUGAAAGCGCAAGGAGCGAAGGAAAGUGUGGAGGUCUAGAACGGAGGAAUGGAUCUUGCCAAAUGGCUUCACAAUCAACACAAACACAGAUUAAUUUGUCCAUAAGAGGAGGAUACUUUUUUUCACAAUGCCUAUGCUUCACUUUAUAAAUGACUUUGAAUGGUUCUGAGGUAGUAGUUACAGUCUGCUUGUUGUUCUGGUCUAUCGCUGGUCCACGGAUGAACUGAAAUGAACUUCAACAAGGGGCCAAAAAUCUAAUUCUAAUUGAGUUUUCCUCUUUCAUUCAGCACCACUUUAACGUUCUAUUCACUUAUCUUCACGGGCUCUGUGGCAACAGAACACAUGGAGGGAGAUGCCAUAGAAAUCUCUUUCUAUACUAAAGAGCUUCACUGUGAUAUGAUGGGAGAGCAGAACUUCUUUAUGCAGAAAUAAUAUCACAGCACAUCAUAAUCUAAUACAAUCUCUUUGGUUUGAAUUCAUCCAUCCCAUCGAGGGGGCUGCUGUAAACCAACACAGCCAUGUUUACAUUCAGUGUUUCUCAUCAAACACAUUCAAUAACACAUGUUGAAUGCAUUUCCUUCAAAACAAUAUGUAUUGCAUGUUAACACCAACAAGUGUCAAUCAGUGGAAUAAUGUCAGUGUGUGUUGCAUCAGCAGCAGUCCCAUGAUACAGAGCAUUUACAUCACGGCUCAUGGAAGCAUGUUUGCUGCCAUCAGUGGUCAAAAACUGCACAAGCCUCGAUUAUGCUUAACAUGAAAACAUGCUGAGCAAGCGCAUUGAAAUUAUGCACUUGAUUGAGGAAAAAAAAAAAAAAAAAAAAGGAUUAGUGGUAAAAAAGUAUUUGUACUACUGAAGAACAACAUUGGGAAAUACCCUAAACACAUGCUUAUGUAUCUAGAAUGUGAAGGAAAUACUCAUAAGGACUCUAGCUGGAAGCUUCUUACUGCCCGUCACACACUGGUCAAGGUUCUGUUCACAGCUUGCUUCAGCGGCUCCAAAGUGGCCAAGAAAAACUACUUCCCCCUGGUUUAAGACGUCUACUUUUGAUGGACAGUACCUUUUGUUAAGCUCAAGUUUGUUGCCUGCUUUGUUUUCAGAAUGCAGGGGCAGCCUCCUGGCCCGUCGGACCAAACAGUACCAACCUGUGCUUUCUCAUUCUCACACUACUGCCUUUCCUGUUCGGAGCAUUUUGACGUCAUCCUGGUUUACACUUCAGGUUUCUGUUGACCUGAAGUGUGAACCAUGAUGACAGCAGUGGCAGUAUUCUAUUCUACAGAUUGAAGUCAAGUGUGAAAUCAUCUUAUCAUCACUAGUCAUCAUUAUUAUUAUUAGGAUUGUUGUUUCAUGGAUAGAACAAAAGUUGCUGGUAAUUAAUGUGAUCCGCCAACUUGCUCCUGCUGUUGACUUGUGUUGUGCGACGCCCUCCGUUGAUGACGCAUCCUUGAUUAUAAUGGUUCUGUUGAAUCUGAUGGAAAUGCAGACUAGUUUGCUAGCACCAAGGUUUCAAGAAUCCUGAAUGGAACUGAUUCCAGAACCAGAGUUAGUUUGGUGGAAAAGUGCUAUCGGUGAUGGGGGAGGUGUUACCAGGGACUCUGUGGAUCGCAUGAUAAAGGAUGCAGAGGGAACCUGGUAGGAACUUGGAAAUGGAAUUUAGGGAGAAUGUUUUUAGCUGGCUGUAUUUUUCUGUUCCCUUUUCUUUGUAUGAAAGGCAACAAAAUAGCCAGAUUUGUAAACAAGUGUACAGAUAAGUACUGUGUAGGCUAGCUAGUGAAUAGAACAGGAACACACACACCUCUCAUAGCCUGUAAGGCUUUGUAGUGUGCACCUCUACACCCACUCCUUGUCCUGUACGUAAGCUUGUAAAAUAUUCAGCAUGUGGCGAACACCAUUGUAUGAUAAAAGCGGACACCGUUUACGCCAGGAGGCAACAUAAGCGGGUGUCGUUGUCACCAGAGGUUGCAGCUGUGGUGCUGGUUUUAGACGUGUGCUGUGGCCACAGCUGGUCCUGUGGCUCCGCUGCACAUAUAUCAAACCAAAUGGCCUCGUCUCAGGACUCAGAGGCUAUGCACACAGAUGAAAUAAAAACACAAGCAGAGACGGGCUGUGCGAGCUGCAGCUGGUCACGUGACAGCAGAGGAAGACAUCAUGUGGGCGUUUGCUUUCUUCUGUUAUUAAAGUGUCAAUGCCCCAGCCUUCACACAGGGCCUACUAUAAUCUGCUUUGCCUUUCCUUCACUAAAGCCAUUAAAACACAUCAUGCUAAAUGUAUUGCUCAUUGCAAAUGCCCAGAAAGAAAAAUCUAAAUUUACAGAAUGGUAUCAAUUGAUGUACUAAUGAAUGAAAGUACUCAGGACAAGUAGUUGCAAUUGUUUUGUCAUGCAAUAAACUACCCUGAACAUUUCAA